UCGCAGGUUGCCCGGUCGAAGCUCAGGGAAAGCAUGAUCAAUGCGGAACCGUUAGAUGUGGCGCUAAGCGAUUGUGGCUUAGCCGGACCCUCGUCAGCGUCAUCGCUAUUGCUAUUGCUAUUCCAGUCCUGAACGGUGUCGCUAGGCGUUCUCCUGGCUGAGAUACUUUGUCCACCCUCUAUUCCGUGAAGAUGAUAUUGAGUCAAAUUUCUUAUCUGGACUGCAUAGCUUUCCUCGUCUUUCUCGCUCCCCAAUUGCUGAUCCAGAUUGGGCUCCUGCCACUCUUGACAUGGCUGAUACCAGCUUUGCCAUCUCUCGCUCCCAAAGCCGUCGCCAUACCGUACCAGUUCGUUCGUGAACGCUUCUUCGUACCACAUGAACAUCGUGCCCCUUUCGUGCAGAAGGCAACGCCUUUCCAAGACUUGGUCAUCCGUUUCGUUCGCUAUGCAUUCGCCAACAUGCCCGCCUUUUUGGGACGUGUCUUUUUUUCCAAAGCUGUGUCACUCCCAUUCUUGAGGUUCCGUAUGCUGAGACACGGCAUCGUCACCAGUCCAAUCAGGUGGACUGAGAUCAAAAGACCAAACUUUAGAGGUGUAUGGAUAGUGCACAACCAGCAAGAGCAGCCAGAUGUAAUUGUGUAUUAUUGUCAUGGGGGUGGCUUUUCCAUGGGAAGUAGUUUCUUCUAUAUGGAGUUUCUACUCGCUUGGGUUGCACUGCUCAAGAACGCCGGGUACCGCAAUCCAGCUCUAUUCGCUUUAGAAUACACACUCGUCCCAGACGCUACAUACCCUACCCAACUCCACGAGACGGUCGCAGGCUACGAAUACGUUCUAUCGCUGGCUCAAUCUUCAGUUCGUGUCGUCGUGGGUGGAGACUCUGCGGGCGCAACCCUCAUCUUGAGCUUUCUGCUAUACAUGUCUGACCACACGGACUUACGACAUCAGAAACCCGGCCUUGCCAUCAUGAUCAGCCCGUGGGUGACGAUUGUAUCGCACAAAAAUCGAAACACAGAAUCCGACUAUCUCAACAGUUCAUCGUUAGAGCUAUACGGCCGUCAAUACAUCGGCAGCAAGGUGUCAGCAGAUGAUCCAAUGGUUUCGCCAGGAAGGUGCAGAGAUUUGAACAAGUGGAUGGAGGCUAGUCCUGAACAAGGGUGGUAUUUCCUGUAUGGAAGUGAAGAAGUGCUUGGGCCGGAGACAAGGCAACUGAUCAGCUCAUUGGGAAAGACCGGAAAAGAGGUAGACAGCUGGGAAGAGCCGGGAGGUAUUCAUGCAUGGCCUGUUGCAAGCUUGUACCUUGGGGAGACGAGAGAGGCUAGACUGAGUGGUCUGAAGAGUAUCGUAGAAGCGAUCAAGAACAGGAUACAUUCAUGAGACUGGAGAUGGUGGAACUGAGCCCAAGACAAAGCAUCGUAUGUCUGACGUAACCCUGCAAUUAGUAAAGUCAUCUCAGUUUCCAUCUAUCUGUAUUCACUUGGGGGGUAUAACCUCGCUUUUGUGGAAGCUAUAGUGGUCUUGGACGAAAGCAAACCUUGAGGAUAACAUUUUUGUUCAACACGCAUUUCAAAUCAGGUGUGAAAAUGUCGUCAAAUGCUGCUUUCAAGACGCGGGUAGCAGCUGUUGCCGUGUCGAGAGUUGGCCGUCUGUGGAAGAGUCGCAGCUCGAAUCCAGGUGUUAAUGCAGUAUGACUACUUGGGC